UGGGAGACCGAUUGUUGCAGGAAUGUCAUCUGUAUUCCAACCGAUGGCUAUCCUAUUGGAUGAUGUUUUGAACCCUAUAGUGACACGUACCAAAUCCUAUGUAAGGGAUACCACGGACUUCAUCAAUAAGAUUAAUACGAUACAUUGUACUAAUGACAAUAUACUAUUAUGUACGAUGGACGUGGCAUCCCUUUACACAUCAAUUCCACAUGAUUUGGGUAUUGACACAGUGAAACGCAAUAUACAAGAGUUACAGCUUCCAACAGGUGUUGACAGCAUGUUGUUACAAUUUCUCGAAUGGGUCUUGAAGAAAAACUACUUUGUCUUUGAGAAUAAAUAUUAUGAACAAAGCCAAGGCACAUCGAUGGGAUCAAAUGUGGCUCCUGCUUAUGCCAAUUUAUUUAUGGCAAGAUUCGAAGAUGAAUUUGUAUAUACGAGCACAUUUUGGCCCUCGAUCUGUACUUGGCUACGCUAUAUAGAUGACCUAUUCUUUAUAUGGCAGGAUACUGAAGAAAAACUACAGUCUUUCUGUGAAUAUUUGAAUACCAGGCUCCCUACUAUCAAAUUCACCCUUGAAUUUGAUAAGACUGAGAUACACUUCCUUGAUGUGAAAGUUGAGGUGAGAGAUGGCAAAUUUGAAACAGAUAUUUAUAGGAAACCAACAGACAAAAUAACAUACUUGGAUCCUAAGAGUUUUCAUCCACCUACCACUGUGAGUGGGUUACCCUAUAGCCAACUCUUAAGAGUUAAACGGAUUGUGAGUACGGAUAGUGUAUUUGAGGAACGAGCAGAUGAAAUGAUGAAUAACUUUGUGAAAAGAGGUUAUAAACAGGAGAUGCUAGAAGACAUCAAACAAAGAGUUAGAGAAGUCGAUAGAGCAGAUUUGCUGGUCAAAAAAAAGGCAAGGAAAAUUGAUAGAUUACCAUUUGUCAGUACAUUUAGUUCACAAUCGAAACAGGUCAGGAGGAUAAUGUACAGACAUUGGCAUCUGUUACAGAUGGAUCAAAAAUUGAAACCUUGGACAACGAACCCACCUAUAAUGGCGUAUAAACGACCACCCAAUUUAAGAGAUCGUCUAGUGCAUGCUGUACAGGAACCAAUGAAGAAACAAGAAAACAGACAUGUGGGAUAAGAUGACCAUGAAAGAAAAUGUAAAGCCCUGCAUCUGAAAUAUAAACAUAUUUGGACUAAGGGAAAAUUUGGAGGAUAUAUGCUCCGUGAUAUGGACAAAUCUGAGAUACGGAUCACCUGAUUAUGUCUGAAUAUUAAAGAUGGUUAAGAGGAGAAGCUUUAUGUUUAUAUAUGUGUAGGACAAUAUUGAUAUCGAAUGGGCACUUGUGAACGAGAUGGUCUAGGAUAAUAUUAUUAUGAUAAUGAGUAAAAAGUAAUCACUGAUAUGAAA